AGUUGAAAGCAUCUUCUCUUUACAAUGAAAUACAGCUACAUAUAUAUGGCUAUUAUAACUACAUGUAUAUGGAAAACUGUAUAAUUAUACCACCACUGUAGAAGCAAACACCAUGGGAACGUCUACUUUGACAAAUCACAUACAAUUUUCCGGAUGUCAUUAGGUAGUUACCAGAUUCACCACCAGGUGGCAAAUUUGGGUCAGAUAACAUGGCAGAAAAAGUAGAUUUCAAGAAGAGCCUGUCGCAGCAUUUGCUAGUGGUUGGAUUAUGUGUAGUAGUGGCUGUCUACCUUAUACCUUCACCGAUUGACCCAAAGCCAUAUUUUUUUGCUGACCCUCCACAGAUGACAGGUCCCCUCAAAGUAAACAGAAGACUACAGAAGGCUGAUAGAUUGUUCAAAGGAAGAGUAUUUGGUCCUGAAUCACUUGCAGUUGAUAAGGAAGGAGUUUUCUACACAGGGGGUCUUGAUGGCAAAAUUUGGCGUUUCCAUGACCACAGCCUGGAACUAUUAGCUAGGACAGGCAGCAAUUAUUCUGAAUGUGGUUCCCCUGAACUAGAGCCAGAAUGUGGUCGACCAAAGGGGGUUGCCAUUGACAACAAAGGGAGUCUCUAUGUUGCUGACGCAUAUAAAGGACUUUUACAAGUGAACACUACAACAGGAGAGGUAAACAUCCUCCUGCCAAGUGAAAAAGGUUUGGAUGGGAUUCCAUUUAAAUUCCUAAACGGGAUGACAAUAUCUAAGAGUGGAGUGCUCUAUUUCACAGAUUCUUCCAGCAAGUGGGACAGGCGUAGUCAUAAAUAUGAGAUUAUAGAAAACAAUGCCCUGGGACGUCUUAUAGAGUAUGACCCUGCUAGUGGUGAAGCUAGGGUGUUACUUUCAGGACUGCACAUGGCUAAUGGAGUAAGCCUGUCUCCACAUGAAGACUUUUUACUGGUCUCUGAACUAAACAUAUGCAGAAUUACAAGAUAUUUUCUGCGAGGUCCAAAAGCUGGCACAAGUGAGAUCUUUACCGACAAUCUCCCAGGGUAUCCUGAUAACAUUAAAGCUACUAGUGCAGGAACAUACUUCAUAGGUCUAGCAGCAUCGAGAAUACAGAAGUCAAGGUUUAUGAGGCCUUUCCUAGAUGUCAUAGCUCCAUAUCCAGCCAUAAAGAGAUUCAUCACCAAGAUUACUCCUCUAUCGGUGUACGCCUUGUUCAUCCCAAAACACGUCCUUUUUAUUGAAGUCGACCAGCAAGGUAACAUUGUGGACAGCUUUCACGAUCCAGAUGGUGCGGUUAUAUCUGCCUGUAGCGAGGCAUUUGAGCAUGAUGGCAAAGUUUACCUCGGACAUUUUGGGACAGAUUACAUUGGCGUUAUAGGCAUGGCAGAUUUGAAAUCAAAUGUAACAUGAAAUUGAUCCAUUUUUAAAAUGCCAGUUCAUGCUGAAUUUAUGUACUGUUUAUUUAGAUCUUGCCUAUUAACAUGGUCCUAUGGAUCCUGAUUAAUUAUCCCAUCGAACAGAUUGGGGGAUAUUGAGAAUGGCACCGUAUGUAUGUAUGUAUGUAUGUAUAUAUGUCCCUACGCCAGUCUGUCUGUCAACAGUUUUUGCUUAAAGUGGAAAAGUAGUCGAGCAAUCUGAUAAAUGGAUACAUUGAAAAAAUGUUUGCCCUUUUUAUUUGUGUUAUUUUACAUUUUGAUAUAUACACUGUCUAAUGACAAUUUUACGAAUAAGCAGUCAUUUUAAAAAUGGCGGCCAUUUUUAUGUAUUUUACAUUUUGCUGUAAUGAGAAACAUUUCAUAUAAAUACUUAUCACACUGUCUAAUGACAAUUCAUGAAUUUGGUGGCCAUUUCCAAAUUGUUCACCCUGCACCUUGUGUAUUUAAUGCAUAUGUUUAUAGUAUUAAUUUGAUCAUUUUACUGAUAAGAAAUAUGUAUAUUAGAAAGACUAUGAAAUGAUUUAUGAAACUAUGUAUUCCCUUACAAUUUUUACACUAUCGAUCCUGAAAAAUUGAAGACAAAAUAUGCGAUAUAAAUUUAGACAUCUUUAUUUUCUUGAAAGGGGUAUGACUUGUAUUACUCCAGAAGUGACAAUCUAAACAUUCUGAAGUUACUUCUUGUAUUAAUUAAUAUUAUUUAUCAAAUAAUCUUUUCAAGAGCUAUACAACAAGCUUUAUAAAACAAUAAUUUUUAUUGAACUUCAAGUUCAAAAUAAAUGUUGCAUCAAAUGCACUUUGUACAUUGUA